CGUGCGUGCGUGCGUGUGCGUGUGCGUGUGUGUGUGCGUGUUUAUGAUCAUGUGUGUUUGCGCAGGAUUCCUGACAGACUGCAACUUUGAUCACGGGGCUUGUGAAUGGGUUCAGGAAAAUGAAGAUGAUUUGGACUGGAUGAUCAAAUAUAAUGACAACGGUCUGGAUUAUCACAUGGCUCUCUAUGGCCUCAUUGGCAACAGAAAGGAGCAGGCCAGAAUAAAGCUGCUGUUGGAUGAUUACAUGCGUCAGAGCAGCUUCUGUCUGCAGUUUGAUUACCGUGUUCUGGGACAGCAGAUGGGCGUCUUGCGGGUGAAGCUGGACAACAGCGCAUCUGCCGUUUGGGAGAGGAGACAAAGUCACAAACAGGACUGGCGAUCAGAGAAUCUCACAAUCACCUGGACAGAAACAGCACCAGAGGCGAUCAUCUUUGAGGCUGAACGUGGGACAUCAGUGACUGGUGAGAUCGGUCUGGAUAAUGUGGUUCUGAUCUCAGGACCCUGUACAGAUGAUAAAACUAUCAUCUUUUAAUGACAACACAG